AUGGCCCAGGUCCCAGCGGGACACUGGGCUGUCCUCGCGCUGGGGCUUCUCCACAUCUCCUCGCUCCUCUCGCCCGCGGGACCGCGCCCAUCGGCUGGGCUGCCGCCCUGCGCGCUGGAGGCCGCGACUCCCGCCGUCUGCCCGGCCCCCGAGCUGGUGCAGGCUCAGGCGGAGCCUGAGGCGGACCCGCUCGGCGCCCUCGUGGCGGCGGUCCCUGGCGUGCUGGUGGCGCUGCUGCUGGAGACGUACCGCAUCGGCGCGAUGGCGCUGCUCCCGCGAGACGAGGGGCUGGAGUGGUGGAGGCUGCUGUUGCCGGGCCAGCGGCUCGUCGUAAGAUAUAGUGACGAUCAGGUGGAUCACGAACGCGUGCUCCUUUACCCGAGCUUGCCGCCGGGCACCUGGGCCGCGUUGACGCCUGACGGCGACGAGUACGAGGAGGACUACACGGGCGCGAGCCCGCAGACUGGGCCCGAGGGCGCAGCCCUGAUGCCAGCAGGCGGAGGCGCGCCCGAGGGCUGGCCGCGGCCGAUCUACCGCUUCAGGGCGGCCCUCUCGGUGGAGGAGCUCAAGGCGGCGAUCAUGCGUGGCCGCGCGCUGGUGGAGGAGCGUCUGCCGGGGAUCGCGCCUGGGCCGCCUGCUGAGGUAGCGUGCCCGGACGACAGGCUGGUGGAGUGGGCGGACUUCUUCGGCGAGGCGAGGCGGCCUGCGCUGCGACGGCAGCGAGGAAAGCAGCCCUCGGCCCCGCUGGAGGACGACCGCGUCUGGGUGGUGGCCGAGCCCGCGGAGAGCGCGGCGGUGGGCACCGCCGUGGAUCGCUCCGACGACCGCUUCGUGCCGGCGACCGCGCUGGUGGGCCUCUUCAUGUUCCCUGAGGGCCCGCGCCGCGUGGAGGCCCUGCUGGCGGGAGACCUCCCUGGCUAUGCGGCGAGGCGGCGGCACGAGAUGGGCCUCAGCGACUUCCCCGCCGCCGAACCCGACCGCGAGGGAGUCGCCCCCGCUGGGAUGGCGGACCUCCGCGAGCGCCUGGGCCGCCCUGUGGGCGCUGGAGGUGCUGCCGGGCCAGACGAGGUCGGCGGCGCAGCGAGGAUCGCGGGGCUGGUGGCGGUGUACUCCGACCCGGCCAAGCCUGUGUGGGGCCGCGCCCGCCUGUACACUGGCGCCGCGUCCUCGGACGACAUCGCGGGUCAGGCCCUGCUGCAGUUCGCCACCAGGAAGAUCAAGGAGCAGCAGGAGGCCCAAGCGGUGCUCUCGCAUGGCAAGGGCCCGCAGCGCGCCGAGGGCGACGGCGCCACCGACGACGGCGGCAAGGGGGUGACGCGGGGUCGGCUUGCCGCCUCGCGCUGUGCCAGGGAGCUCUUCCCGCUGCCGCGCUGGCGCCUGCCUGAGCUGCCCGUGGCCGGCUCCGUUCGGAGUAAGGCCCUGCGGCGGCGGGAGAGGCUGGUGUUCAAGAUGGGUAACGAGGCGGUGGGUGCUCUGAACUGGCUUGCUGGUUUUCGGAACGGACCGGCCUACUUCGAUCCCGACCCGAUGCAGCUUGAGGUUUUGGAGCGGAUCUGCGAGUUAGCCUCGCGGCGGUACCCGGGUCCUGACGCUCUCAGUGAACGCGCGGCCGUCCGACGGCUGCUGCGCGGGCAUGCACCGUGCGAUGGGGCGGGGUGCCUCACCCGUGUCGCGCCUUUCAGAAAGGGCCUUGUCCCGUUGCCCGAGACAGUGGAGGGCUGCCCGCCGUUUGAGGGCGUGGCCCCUCCAGAGGUCCGGCGAUUCCUGAAGGAGCACCCCGAGCGCAUGCUGCGCGCUGACAGUCCCUCUUCUACCGUGACACCUUACUUCGACCCCGCCCUGAAGCGCAGCGUGAAGACCUGCAGACAGUUCAUCAGCGACCUGCGCCGACGCGGCUUGGUGGGCUGGACCACGCGCCCGCGAUGCCAGGUCGGCCUCUUCUUUGUCGAGAAGGACGGAGGUCAGCGGCUCAGGCUCAUCCUUGACGCCAGGCCCGCGAACCUUCUAUUCGAGCCGCCGCCGGGCGUCAGCCUCUUGAGCGCGGAGGGCCUCAGCCGAGUCGAGAUCGCCCUUCCGGAGGGCCUGGGCCCCUGGAGCGAGGGGGCGGAGCGGCUCCUUGGCAGCUACUCUUUGCACGUGGGCCUGGCCGACGUGAAGGACGGCUUCCACAGGUUGCGACUUCUUGGAUGGCUCUCCGAGAAUUUCUGCCUUCCCGUCGUGCCGGCGUACUUGCUUGGCGCGGAGGGCCAGAUCUGGGAGGGCAGGACACUGGAGAGGCACGAUCUGGUGAGUCCGUGCUGGGCCGUCUUCCCAAUGGGCUUCACGUGGAGCUUGUGGGCUGCCCAGCGGAUCAACGAGUACCAGGCGAGCUCUAUCUGCCCGCAGCUGCGCGAGAGCCCCCUGACUGACCGUGGCAGGCCCCCCGUCUUCGGUCCCAGCGCCCCCAAGGGCCAUGUCUCGCACUGCGUGUGCGUCGACAACCUGGGUGCGGCCUCCACCGACGAGCCCAUCGUCACCGAUGCGAUCGCGCAGCUGGUUGAGGGCUUCGACCAGCGCGGCCUCCUCCUCCACGGCAACUCCGUGGGCACCGAGGUCGCGACGCUGGGCGCCGAGGUCUCGGGGGCCCUCUGGAAGACGAGAGUGGCGCAGAAGCGGUUCUGGCUCAUUCGACAGGCCUUGAACGGCCUCCUGCGACGCCGCCGCCUCACGGGCUGGGCGGUUGAGGUCCUGGUGGGCCACUGCGCGUUUGCGGGAUUGCUGAGCAGAGGUGCGUUGAACGUAUUCCAUGCAGUCUACGCUUUCAUGCGGAAGUCUUAUGCCGAACCGAGGGCGCUGUGGCUCGAAGCCCGCCAGGAGCUCGAGGCGUUCCGAGGCCUCCUCAUCUUCUUAGAGAGUGACUGGACGCUGCAGUGGAACGAUCUGGUGGUGGCGACCGACAGCAGCCUGGAGGCAGGAGCAGUCUCGACCACCCGUUGGCCCCGAUCGCUGGUGGCCGAGGCGGGCCGCGUGCAGGAGCGCGCCCGCUUCCGGGAGCCCGCGGCGGUCGAGACCGACGGUGCUGCCGGGGGCGCUCCUGCUGCCCGCCGCGGUUCGCGAGAGGCGGCGCUGGAGGCGGCUGGUUUCUGGCGCGACGCCGAUGGCGAGUGGCGGCUGGCCGAGGGCGCGAUCGACGACGACGAGCAGGCCGCUGCGUGGGAGGCAGACCCGUGCUUCCCCGAGGUGCCCGCCGCGGGCUUGGCGAGCAACCGCUGGCGCGCCAAGCAGGUGCAGCGCGGGCGAUUUGAGGAGGGCAUCCUUAUCAAGGAGGCCCGAGCGCUGGUGAUGGGCGCCCGUCGUGUCGCCCAGUCUGUGUUCGGUGCCGCCUGCCGUCAACUGAUCUUGUCGGAUAACCUGCUCACCGCGGCCCAGAGAGCGCAGGACUGGCAGACCAGGUUGAGCUUGGCCGAGCUGCCGCCAGCGCCCAGGCUGCCCGAGCACGAGCGCGACCUCCAAGCCCUCCCCCAGGGCUGGUCGCGCCCGAUCGUGGCCGACAGCGACGACGGCAGCAGCACCUCCGACGAUCAACAGGUCGUGCCAGCCGGCGAGAGGCGCGAGAGGGAGCUGCUGAGAAAGGCAGCUCGGAGGCGACGUGCGCACGGCGCGGAGGCGUCGCAGGACAGCACGGCGGUGGAGGGCCAGACGUUCCUGAAGAGGCGGUCGGUGUUCGGGCCCGCGAGGAACCGCUACACUCAGGAGCUGGAAGCCUUCCUGGAUUAUUGCGAUCAGGGCCCGCGGCGGGCCUUGACCACGGCCUCAGAAGUGGGCGAGGCGAUGGUCGACUACAUGAACCAUCUGUUCUUCGAAGGCCACGAGAGCGCCAAGGGCGAUCAGGUGAUGGCAGGCCUCGUGCACAGGUUCCCGGAGUUCUCGAAGCAGGGCGAGGCCAAAACACCUCGGGCCUGGAGGUGCCUCCGAGGAUGGCGCAAGCUGGCGCCCGGGCAGAGCCGCCGCGCAUGGCCUUUGGCCCUCUGGUGCGGGCUCGCCUGGCGCAUGGUGGUGCGAGGCGCGCUGCAGAUGGCGGUGUUCCUGCUCGCGAUGGUCUCCGGCUACUUCAGGCCCAGUCAUCUGCUGACGCUGACGAGAGGCAACAUCAUCGCGCCUGCGAUGGGAGUGUGCCGCUGGUGGUCGCUGCUGCUGUUCCCAGACGACAAGCCCCAGAUAAGCAAAACAGGACUGUCGGACGUCGGGGUGAUGUUGGACAGCGGGUGGUUUCAGUGUGCCAUGCCCAUCUUCCGAGAGCUCGCCCGAGGGAAUCCCGAAGAAAAGGUGUGGGCGUUCAGUUACCCUCAGUUUCUGGCAGUGUUCAAGAAAGCGCUGAGCGACUUACAGAUUCGAGAGCGCAUUGCCCCGUAUCAAGCCAGACACUCAGGGCCCAGUAUAGACAACGCUCGACGAUACAGAACGAUCGAGGAGAUACAGAAAAGAGGCCAGUGGAAGCAUGCCAAGUCAAUGCAACGUUACGAGAAGGCGGCGAGGUUGGGUCAAAGCUGGUCUCUCCUGCCGUCCCGGCUGCAAGAUAUUUUGACACACUGCGAGCUACAUCUAGAGGACAUACUGCUCGGAAAAGGUGCAGAGACAAUUACCCUGUGA